AUGGCCAAGGAGAUGGAAGAGCUGAAGCGGUCGAGGGCCGAGGAGGUAGCUGCUGCCCGGGUCGAAACGAUCGAGUCGUUUCGUGGUUCGGAGGAGCUUAGGAGCUACAUCAUAGAUCAGAUGGUGGCGAUGCAGCUGGGUUGGGAGGAGAGGGUAGCGAUGUUCAACCCUUCAGUGGAGAUUAACUUUGACACGAGUGGCGAGCCUCCCUCAUCUAGUCGUACCACUGAUGCCGUUCCAGAGCCAGAGCCAGAGCCAGCCAUUACGGAUGCUCCAUCGACCGAGUCCUGA